AUGCGACCUCCAUCCACCGCAGCACUUACAGUGAGGGCGCAAUGGGCCAACACGCCGCGGUUUGCCGCCUCACCCUCCAGCCUCCACUGCCGAACGGCGACAUAUAGACGGUUAACUACAGCUGCACUGAGCACGCGUUCGUCAUCAAUACGGCAGCCUCUCGCUGCACAGGAUGCAUCCUCUUCCGCUCCUGCCUUCCUCCGCAGCAAUUUCCUUCCCCAAGACAUCCUUUUCCGUACCGCUUCUUCCUUUUCCCGUCAGUUUCAUUCCCGCUCCGCCCUAUGGCAACAAGCACAGAAACAGACCGAGGAAACUGUGAGAGAUGCACCUGAAGGCACAAAGCAGUCCACAGCUGAAGGAGCUGCGGGACAGCAGCAGGAGGGAGAAGAAGCCAAGGAGAAGAAAGCCGGGGAGGAAGAAGAGGGUGAAGAGGGCGAGCAGGGCAAAAAGAAGAAGGAGGAUCUCCCACCUCCCCCGAAACAUGGCGACAAGUCUCCCUGGCAGGUGUUCACGGAGACUCUGAAGCAGGAGUUCCAGGCCUCGAAGGAGUGGAAUGAGUCGACCAAGCAGCUUUCUGCUGGUGUCAAUGAUUUCACGCAGAACCCGAAAGUUCAGAAGGCCAGAAGCACAUACAACCAGGUCACGGAGGUAGCCUCUACAAAGACCGCUGCGGCUCUGAAGACCACCGCUGAAGCAGUAGGAAAAGGUGCGGCAUGGACGUGGGAAACGGCUCCCGUCAAGGGCGUCCGGAAGGUUGCGAACGUCACUGGAUCCGGCAUUGAAUAUGUGACGCGACCUGUGCGGAAAUCGAAAGCUUUCCAGGCAGUCAAGGAGACUGUCGACGACGGCAGCUCCUCGCGGUACGGAGGCUGGGUCGAGAAGGAAGAGCGCAGAAGAAGGCGUGAGCUGAGGGAGCUCAACGAGUUGCAAAGGACUGGAGGCAGGAAACCGACGGAACCAAUGGAGGAAGAUCCCAACGCUGGCACAAACGUUACUUUGCACAAAGACGCCAAAUACAAGGAGAUUUGGCGGGAAUUCAAAGAUAACAGCCGCUUGAUGCAAGGCCUCUUCAAUAUGCAAGCAACCUACAAGGAGUCCGACAAUCCGCUUAUCUCGACUGCACGCAGCAUUUCGGACCGCAUCACCGGCUUCUUCGCUGAGAACGAGACUGCUAUGGUCAUUAAGAAGUUCCGGGAGAUGGAUCCUAACUUCCAGCUCGAACCCUUCCUUACCGAAAUGCGCGAGUACAUCCUCCCCGAAGUGCUUGACGCGUACGUCAAGGGCGACAUCGAGGUGCUGAAGCUUUGGCUGAGCGCCGCUCAGUACUCGGUCUAUGCCGCGCUGAUGCAGCAGUACACGACAGCAGGUUUGAAAUCGGACGGAAGAAUCGUGGACAUCAGAGGUGUCGACAUCUUGAACGCACGUCUUCUUGAACCUGGAGAGAUCCCUGUCUUCAUCGUCACCUGCCGGACGCAGGAAGUGCACGUAUACAGGAAUGCCAAGACCGGGGAGCUCGCCGCCGGUAUGGAUGACAAGGUCCAGCAAGUCACCUAUGCCAUUGGCGUCACAAGAAUCCCCGAGGACGUCAACAACCCCGAGACGAGAGGGUGGAGGUUCAUCGAGCUGCAGAAGAGCGCUCGGGACUACUAUUAA